AUGGCCAUGCCCUACCCUUUCACCACCCUCCUCCUUCUCCUUGUUCUGCCCCUUUCCCAGGCUGCGAACCAGUCCCCACUGCCCCUUGGCUCCCUGCCUGCUGUCCCCACCCUGCCCCUCCUGCAGGCCCUGCAAACGCGGGCUCCAGGCUGGCAGGCGGGGCCAGCCAGUGGGCGGCCCCUGCGCUACAUGCUGAAUCUGUACCGGCGUGCUGCUGGCCGCGAAGGCCGACCCCGCCGCCGCCGCAGCCUAGGCACCAACACCAUCCGCCUGGUGCAGGCCAGCUCCCACGGGGGUCAGCCCUGGGCAGGUCGCUGGUACUUGCAGGCCCUCACCUACCACAUGGAGGGCCGGCCAGAGGUCGAGCACCUCCUCAGAGCUACUGUGGUCUACCUGCCCAGUCUGUCACUGGCCCACGGUCGCCUUCUCUGUGCUCUGGAGCUGGUGAUGGCUGGCGAGCCGCCCAGGGUGCUGCUCAGCCCUACUGCCCAUUCCCGUGAUGGCUGGGCCGAAGUUGAUGUCACCCCUUACCUGGUGCUGGGGAACAACAGCAUGGGGAGCCUGGCACUGCGGCAUGUUUGUGUGCGUGCUGGCCGAGCAGGAGGCCACGAUGCCCCUGUGGCCCCCGGCCACCCUUUCCUCCUUCUCUACCUUAACGAUACUCAGGCAGGGUUGGCACCUCUGGCAGCAGAGCCCCACCGACACCGACGUGAUACAGGGACAUUGGCUCAUGACCUGCCCAAGAACCUGCGGGAGCAGGGAGGGGAGAAGAGUGACUGUUCCCUCCGCCCCUUCCCUGUCAGUUUUGCACAGCUGGGCUGGGACCACUGGAUCAUAGCUCCUCACCGCUACAACCCACGCUACUGCAAGGGCACCUGUCCCCACCUGCUCCGCUAUGACUUCCACGCACCCAACCAUGCUGUGGUGCAGAGUUUUGUUCAUCAGCUUGUGGAUGCCAAUGUGCCCCGGCCCUCCUGUGUGCCCUAUCGCUACAGCCCCAUCAGUGUCCUCACGAUUGAGCGCAAUGGAGGCAUCCUGUACAAGGAGUAUGAGAACAUGAUUGCAGAGUCCUGCACUUGCCGGUAA